AUGUCGCCAAAAAAGGAAGUUUGAUAAAAAGAUGGCCGAAAGUAGUGGUAGUGUUGUAGUGUCAAAUAAUGCAAAUACAGCAGGAGAAAACACACAAACAAGAGCAGUGCAAAGUACAGAUUCUACAGACAAAAUCAACAACAAGACUGAUAAAGAGAGUAACCUACCACCUGCUGAUGGAGCAUUCCUCUCUACAAUGACAGUGUCCAUGGUGGCACCUCCGGAGGCCACCAGCAUUGGAACCACUGGACAAAUCUUGGAUCUCAAUCUGAACAACACUAAUGGUGACCCUGGUACCUUUGAAGACUCACCAACCGCAGACGCCCGGCCGUUUCCACUUCCACACUCUUGAUCCCCAACAACAACACUGCCUCGCUCGUUUUUCUCUUCUCGUCGUUGCUCAGGUGUUAGAGGGAGACGGAAUGAUGAGCGUGCAGCGUAGCUUAUCUGAUUAGAUGGGAAUGCCUCCGCUACCGUUCAUGCACAGGGCUGCAUUUGCACCGACUUGAUUAAGAAUACACAAUACAGCAGGUAACCAGAUCAAAUGAUGGAUAAUAAUUAUUUAUUGAAUUGCUUAUAGC